UUUAUAAAGCUACAAAACUGCUACACCUAACCACGAAUAUAAGUCUCGUCCCACUUAACAGGGGUAUAAAUAACAAGUCGAAAUAGGCGUUGUUGCAUUUAUCGUGCUGAAUAUUUGACUCUUCCUUAAGUUAAUUGACUGUGCACUGACUAAGUAGCUCCAAAUAUGAAGCUUCAGUCAGUGGUGCUUAUACCUGGUAUACUUGUGGUAGCUUCUGUAAUUCAGGGGCAGUAUAUUAAAGGAAAUCAGAACCCACUACCACAUCCCACUUACGAGAACAUUCCUGUAACCAAGUUUUCUUGCGAUGGACGGUGGGGAUAUUUUGCAGAUCCAGAAACUGGCUGCCAAACUUUUCAUUUGUGCCAAGGAAGUAAUAAAAUAUACGCUUCUUUUCUCUGUGUCAAUACGACCCUUUUUCAACAGAAUCCCCCACAGCGAUGCGACUAUUGGUACAGAGUUGAUUGUUCUAUUCCAUGACGCUUUAUACUUUGUCUAUGAAUGUUUUCACAAAGUAACUGACUGAUGCUCUUCUUUGAAUUUCAUACUGCUAAGUGUUUUACUGAUGAUUGUGAGUUUUAAUUAAUACACUGGAAAUAUAAUAGUUUCUGUUCAAUAACAAUAAACAUUUUUACCAGCAAUCUUU